GUACAACAGCAUGAGCUCCAAGCUUCAAAUGCGUUCUCAUGCUCAGACAAGCACUUUAUUUUUCAUCAAGUUACUUUUUGCAUUGUUUUGGAGCAGCUUUGAAUAACAGACACAUAUUUCUGCUUUACAUUUUUUAAUGGUUUCUAAAUUCAUGGGACAACCAAAGCAAGAAAGCGUCAUGUUUUGGGGGAAAGUUUGAUAUCAGCAAUGCCCAGAAAAGAGCCAAAGAUGUUUGUCUUGCUCUAUGUUACAAGUUUUGCCAUUUGUGCAAGUGGACAACCUCGGGGUAAUCAGUUCAAAGGAGAGAGCUACUCCCCGAGAUAUAUCUGUAGCAUUCCUGGCUUACCUGGACCUCCAGGGCCCCCUGGAGCAAGUGGCUCCCCAGGGCCCCAUGGUCGCAUCGGCCUUCCAGGAAGAGACGGUAGAGACGGCAGGAAAGGAGAGAAAGGUGAAAAGGGAUCCGCAGGUCUGAGAGGUAAGACUGGACCGGUGGGUCUUGUUGGUGAGAAAGGAGACCAAGGAGAAACUGGGAAGAAAGGACCCAUGGGACCAGAGGGAGAGAAAGGCGAAGUAGGUCCAUAUGGGCCUCCUGGACCAAAGGGAGACAGAGGGGAACAAGGGGACCCGGGGCUGCCUGGAGUCUGCAGAUGUGGCAGCAUCGUGCUCAAAUCCGCCUUUUCUGUUGGCAUUACAACCAGCUACCCAGAAGAAAGACUACCUAUUAUAUUUAACAAGGUCCUCUUCAAUGAGGGACAGCACUACAACCCUGCAACAGGGAAGUUCAUCUGUGCUUUCCCAGGGAUCUACUACUUUUCUUAUGAUAUCACAUUGGCUAAUAAGCACCUGGCAAUCGGGCUGGUCCACAAUGGGCAGUACCGGAUAAAGACUUUUGAUGCCAACACAGGGAACCAUGACGUGGCUUCAGGGUCCACAGUCAUCUAUCUGCAGCCAGAAGAUGAAGUCUGGCUGGAGAUCUUCUUCACUGACCAGAAUGGCCUUUUCUCAGAUCCAGGUUGGGCAGACAGCUUAUUCUCCGGAUUUCUCCUAUACGUUGACACAGAUUACCUAGAUUCCAUAUCAGAAGACGACGAACUGUGAUCAGGACUGCUGAUCUGAAUGUUCCAAGAUCCUUGUGUCAGACACUUUAAUAUAAUCUGGGGCCCUAGAAGGUGGAGCAAGCAGGAAUAGGGUCCAAAGAGACUCUCACUCAGAUUCCAGCACGUUUACAUCCAGUUCCAGCAGAAUCUAUCAAAACAAGAUGAACCACCUAACAGUUGAAACCACCAAGAUGAAUUAUAUAAAACAAUAACCCCAGAUAUGAAUUCUCUUGAAAGUGAUGCUCAUAGAUAUUUAAACAAAUUAAAGACAGUGUUAAAUUUUCUAUUAAAUGCCCUAAGUGAUAAAACCA